GAGUAUCUAGCUUUCAGCGGGAAAUGUUAUGUGGUCGAUCAUCGGACGUUCCUGAAACAAAAGAGGGUGUUUUGGACAAAAAUGAUGUUGCUAAAGGCAGUGCAACGGAUGAGACUGGACAGCGCGAUUGGGACGAAAAAUUUAGGAUCCAGGAUGAAGACGAACUGUUAGGCAGAUCAGAUGAAAAUCACGACUUAUCAUAUGAAACCCAUUCUAACGAAACCGGUAGCUUUAGUGAGUUCCACACUGCAGUUGAAGGCCUUAACGAUUCUGAAGAAGGGAGUGGUGACUUUUCCAUCAACACGAAAAAAAAUAUCGUCAAAAUCUCUACCGUUACAUCAGAGGAUGUCGAUCCUUUUGAGGAUGUCACUGCUGCCACCAAUGAAAUAACCGACAAAAAAGCAAUUUCACCGAUUGAAUGGGACAGAGUUUCUGACGAAGAAAGCGAGAACAGGGACGAACUUCAUGUCGACGCCCCAGGCGAUGAGUUCUCUAAAGAGGAAGAAGCUCAAAACUCAGUUCGGUUUUCCGGUGUCAGAGGGCAUACCUGCACAAGUGAGAGGGAAAACCACAUUGAUUCACGCCUUUUUCGUUCUACAAAGUAUUUUCUUAUCAAGAGCAAUAAUUUUGAGAAUAUCGAAAUAGCAAAGUCUCGCAAUGUGUGGGCUACGACAAAGGGCAAUGAGACAAGACUGAAUAAAGCAUUUUUUGACUACAACAAUGUUUUGCUCAUAUUUUCUGUGCGUGAAAGUGGCCGAUUCCAGGGAUUUGCGCGCAUUAUCGCCUCGUCAGACCCUCGGAUCAAGGUUGACUGGGUGUUAUCUUCACGCAUGAAUACUGGUCUCCUGAGUAAUCCUUUUCGAAUUAAGUGGAUAUCCAAGUUUGACCUCCCUUUCACAAAGACUGGGCAUCUCUUGAAUGCAUGGAAUGAAGACAAACCUGUGAAAAUUGGGAGAGAUGGUCAGGAAAUCGAACCUACAUGUGGAGAGGCACUUUGCCGGUUGUUCAAUAAAGAUCAACUUGGAGAAGAACAGAAACAGCUAAACACAGUUCAAGCUAUUGGCGAAAGAAUCAGUCGUAGAAAUGCAUUUGAGAGACUUGGAAAAAUCGUUGGUCGCCAUGGUCAAACGAGUCAUAAUGGUUCUCGUGUUGUUGGGUUGAGCAAUCAAGACAACACUGGACUGUUGGGGGAUGCUACUGGAACAAACCAACGAUAUAUGGCAUCUACUGAACGAAGGAGUUUGAUGAAUUACCCUCCUAUAACACCUUUAAUCAACACCGAUGGUUCGCGGCUGACCUCAACAGGAACUACACCACUAUUACAAGUAAACGCAGCUGCCGCUGCAAUGGCAGCAGCUGCAGCUAUGGCUGCAAUCAAAUCAUCCGGACCACAGUCAAUGGGUGCUUUUGCCCGAAGUGGAGCAAACACUCUCAAUCCCACAAUAAACUCCAGACUGCCUAUACAACCACCUAAUUUCUCUAACAUAUUCUCAGCCUUCUCAAAUUCAGGCGGUUCUUUCUCACGUUUGAAUGUAUCUAGUUCCUCUAACGCAACCCUGCUUCCGUUGUUACAACAACAGCAACUUCGUAUAUCUGGAUCAGCAGCAAAUGCCGCUGCGGGUGCUGUCCUUUCACAAGCGAUACAACAAGCUCGUAGCCUAUCCAAUCCUAAUGUGAUAAGUCGACCAGGAAUACCACUCAAUCCUGUGGCAAACAGUGUGCCUGUAAAAUGUCAUGCGGAAAGAAGUCGUUCGCGUUCUGCUAGCGACAGCACAGCUUACAGUUAUGCUCGAGAACGUAAUCCAAGGCAUCGGAGAACUGACGGUUAUGUGGAAGAAGAGUCUCCACGAAUUGAAAAAAUUCGACGGAAGUCACAUUCCCCGAGGUUAGGUGUUAUUGAACAGUGGACACAAGAAUCAAAAAUUUGUGCUAAUUUAUUUAUUAUUUAUAUAUGGACUGUUUCACAUCUAGUUAAUCACAUUGUUUUAUCGUGCUUUACGUGAACUGUCGAAUUUUUUUCAUUUUUGAUGCUAGCAACUUGCUUGUACCAUGGCCACAUGUGGCUUCUAUGAACAAUUAACAUUAGAUUUCAUAUUUUUGGAUGUUCGGUUACUAACAUAGUUGUGAUAGUAGGCACGUGAAGAACUAAAAAAUCUUCAGAGGUUCUUGUGUACAUCAAACAUGUCCAUUUUGUAAGUGAAAUUUGGCUUAAGUUUGCUUGUGUUGAGGUUUUGUUAGUCUUCAUUUCCUGAAGUGAAGUUAAUGUUUGGUGGCAUAUGAUUUAAUCCAUUUCUUUUUAGGAAUAAUACAGGUAAAGGAUGUUUGUGGGUAUUUAAUUCCCUGUUCUCACGUAUUUUGCAUUAACAUUUGUUUUCAUUUUCAAUAAUGUGUCUUCGCUCACAUGGGAACUCUUGGUUUGGUUUCUGUCGUCAAGGAGGCGUGAAAUAACAUCAAGGCAUGGAAAUUAUGAAAGACCUCGCGGGCAUAGAUCUCGUAGUCGAUCCAGUUCUCUUCCUAUUGACCGUAAUUUAUUGAUGACUUGGGUAUGUGAGUGAAUUUCGAAGUUAUACGUCAUAAUUUUUCCUUGCAGGACUAUGACGACUAUGUUCAGCAAGUUAGUCGUGGUAUGCGACCGAAUAUGUAUGGUGAAUUGGUGAGUUUUGCCUUGAGUAGAACUUCAUGUUUCUUAUGUCUAUGGGUUUGCAUAACUUCAUUAUUCUAGAUAGAUUUUUUUCAAAAGUCUGUCACAUUUUAAAUCCUGAACUGUCAGGUCAGUCAUAGAGCGUGUUCGUAGUAUACGAUAAUCGGCAUUCGGACCAGUUCUUUUGACUUUCCUCUUUGUAAUUUUACACAAGCUCCUUUUUCUGUAUCUGAAAUCAUUAUGCUAGAAUACUUGGAUUAUUUGUCGCGAUUGUUCUUUACUUGAUGGUUAAUACUCUGAUAUAAAAUUGUUUUUUUUUGGUUCUCCGAUUCACUGAAGUAAUACUAAGUUAGGUUUUUUAGGCUCCGAUUAUUAUUUUGUUGGGACCAUUUAUUAGGAAACUCGCUGUUAGGAAUCAAAUUAUUACACGCCGUGAAGAAAUCUCAAAAAAUUCAAUGUUGUGCACUUCUAAGGAGUCCCAUACUAGCACAAAACGGCCGUCCGGUGUUUCCACGUUUUCAAUGGUGAUAUAGCUUAAAUCGAUUCAUGAAUUCAACUAUUAAAAAAACUUGAGUCUGUCAAAUAUUCUAGACGUCGAAAUCCGUUAUUAUUUGUUGGUAACCAGACUAAUUCAAUUAUUUAUUUUGUAGGGAAGUCGAGUUGCCUGUUCAAGUGCUUAUUCACAAAUUUCCCAAAGUCAUGAAAAUGAUCUGAAAUAUGAAGAAAAAGUCGAUGCGUUUUUACGCGGUAUUGGAUCACGUCCUAAAGUUGCAGGACAUGAUCACCACUACUCACGCAGUCCUAGCCGUAGCUGUUCAUAUAGUCCACCUCCACCUCAUCCCCACAACCGUCGUCGUGAAUAUUGCAGGGGUUCAUCAUCCUACUCCAGAUCCAGGUCUCCUUCCGGGCCAAGCAUACUUUUAUCCAAGGCUCGACGUGGAGAGGUAGAUCCUGAUGCUUAUCGUCACCGCCCACCAUCCCAAUAUUUAUCUCCUCGUCGGAGAGACCAUACAUGUUCCCACAGCCGCUCUCCUGCAAGCUUCGGUCGUGAACUUCCAGCACAAUGGAGAAAGCCUUCACAGGCUUCCGCAGCUCAUUCAACUGGAAAUAGACAACGACACCAGCAAAUAGAGGGGCGAGUUCCUUCGCACCAAACACGAUCCCCUCGUGUUGUCUCGAGUGGAGGGUCACGAACGUACACUACAAGCAGUCGUCAUCACAAAUAGCUGGUUUAUGUAAGUAUUCCUCUAUGUUUGUGUGUUACACUACACUACUUAUGCUUUUAAACUAUUUAUCCAUGUUAUUUGCAUUCUGUUUAACUUUUAGAAGUUUUCAUGCCUCUAAACCGUCUUUUAUUUAUUUAUUUUAACACAGAUACAAGGAGAUACCAAAUACAUAUGCGCCACACAGAUCUCAUUUGAUACGUGUGAGGGCUGUGAUACUACCCGGGUGCCCAAACCGAAGCAGGUAGUUCUCUUAGGAGGCCAAACCCCGAGCCUUCGACCUGAAGAUCUGAUCCACAAGGCAGUGGAGCAUCGUAAGGAGAUGCAGUCCCAUGGUAGCCGGUGACCAACGAUUGGUUCAUACUCCAUUUGUUCCUUCAGGAUACUGGAGCCCAUGUGCACCAUUGGUUUGAGAUCCGGUUAAAGCGCCGGACAUUCGCUUUUCGUCCUCUCAUUUUCGUAGACAACACCACUGCCAUGUGAAGGCAGUGAGUAGGACUUCCCUGGCAGAGGCUAUAUACGCGUGGCCAUGUGAGAGCAUUUCGAGAGGGAGGGCAAACCCACCCCACUCUCGGCCAUACCAGGGCAUUUGGGGGCCUAAACCGUCUUGCUUUUUGAAACUAACAGAAAUUUCCAAGUGUGAUCUACAAUACGGUUUAUUGUAGGAGUGCCAAUUAUUUAGAUUUUCUUGCUUUUCAUUUACCUAUCUAAUAUUUAGAUAUAUACAUUCUCUAUUUAUCCAGUCCUUCACCGAGAUGAAUCCGUUGCUUACUGUAACAUUGGCAAACACUAAUUAUGUUAAUGAGUGCUACGCUGACUUUCGAAAUUCAAAUAACAGUAGUGUUCAAAAAAGUAUAUGCUUGAGAAUAUUAUGAAAAUUGAUGUCAUUUUUAUUAAAUGGUAGGUAGAAUACGACUCAUACCAGGUAGCAUUUCAGUCUCCCCAUGAACUUAUCUAUCGCAUGCAAUCUCAGUACUGCCCCCUUCAACGUUUAUUGAGAAUAAUGUCUAACCUAUAGUGAAAUAUAAUAAAGCAAAUUUUAUACUCAUUUACCUUCAAAAGUAAAAUACAGCAUUGAUUAUUCUAAUCAUGUUGACCGUUCUGAUAUCAAACAGAUUAAUAUAUCAUCAGUGAGGGAGGGUGGUAUUGUGUCUUACAGUAUUGAAUUUUUCAACCGCUUACACUAAUAUGUAUUGACCUUAAAAACAGUUUAGAUCAAAUCCAUCACUCCAGCCGAUUUUGAGCUGUUACUUUAUAUAACAGUUGAUCGGAAUUAUUCCGUUCACCGCAAUCAGGUAGUUUACCUUCCCUUUCUCAUUGACUUCAUAGAUUUAUAUUUAGGUACUUGUACUAGAUUUUUAUCCUCUUGUCUUGUUUUGUCCCAAUGUGACUGGUUUUUUCUUUCCCUACUAGGUGUAUUCAGACGAUCGUCGCUCUCUGAUGCUUCUCGUAUGUUUUAGUUCUUGUACAGACUUCUAAGUUAAAUAAACUUCAAUACACUCAGA